AGAAACACACAAACCUCUGAGGCAAACCGGAGAGAGAGCAUUACCGGGAAUUUCCUUUUGUUCCAUUAUUCAUUUGGAUCCUAAUAGCUGGUGGAAGUUGUCUCGUGGGGAUUAUGAUGGCUUCGGGUGCCGGUAAAGCCCCGCAGCCCCCCGGGCCAGGCUCCGGUAGCCUUAACGGGACUGCAGCAGACUUACCGAACAUAGAGCAGGAGCUGUAUGACUAUCAGAUGCAUGGCAAGAUGUGCAAGAAGAUAGCUCAGCUAACCAAGGUGAUCUAUUCUCUGAACACCAAGAACGAAGAGCAGGAGGCGGCCCUUCAGGCCGUCAGCCACGCCCACCAGGAAGAGCUGAGGCGGAUUACCACGGGGACGUGUACCGAGGGGGAGGAGUCGGUAGUGCUUAGGACACGCCUCUCAGAGCUGCAGGAAACUCUAGCUCAGGUUCAGGUAGACUUUGAGAGCUACCGUGUCCAGGCAGAGGAGAGGGAUCGUGGGGUAGAGGCAGAGCUUAAGAGGGACUAUGAGGAAAAGCUCCAGGCUCUGGGGCUGGAGAGACAGGAGACCCAGGCCCAACUCAACACGGCCCACGACGAGAGUCUACGACUGGGGAGAGAACUGGAGACGGCUGGGGAGGCUGCGCAGUGCCUGGAGGUUCAAUGUGACGAACUACGGAGGAAAGGAGAAGAGGAGCGAGGGAAAGGGAAGGAGGAGGAGAUGGAGAGAAUGCGACUCCUCUCGGAGGAGGUGAAGACUCUGAGGAAAGGGAAGGAGCAAGCAGAGGAAGAGAGGGAGAGAGCAGUGAGAGAGGAGAGGGAGAAAUGGGAGACGAGGAUGAAGGAGGUGACAGAGGAGAAGGAGGAGUUGAAGAGGAGCAUGGAGGAGGCGCGCAGGGAGGAGAGACGGCAGUGGGAGGAGAGAGAGGAGGAGGAGAAGAGAGGGAUGAGUACAGUACUGAGAGAGAGAGUGAGGAAGGCGGAGGGAGAGAUGGAGGGCAGUCUGCAGCGACUCAACGAGAGCAAGAGACACGCUGCCAAACUACAGGGCAGAAUACAGGACCUGGAGGAGGAGUUGGAGUCGGGGAGGAGGCGUGUCUCGGGGGCAGAGGGUGGGGCUAAGAGGGCAUGGGAGGAGUUAGUCGUGGCCAAAGAGAGACUACUGCUGCAGGAGGAGGAGCUGCAGAGCAAAUCAGAGGAGCUGCUGAGUCGUGGUGUGUGUGAGGGGUGUGUGUGUGUGAACGUGGAGGAGUUGAAAGGUCAGGUGAACAAACUGCAGAGCAGGAACAGAGAGCUGGAGUUGCAGAGCAGCGGGAGAAACAACGACUACGCCAGACAGCAUGCGGAGGCCCUGGCUAGUCUGCGUUCUGAGAUGGUGAGGGCUCAGUCAGAGGAGCUCCGGAGAGAACGGAAACACGCGGUGGUGGAAAAGGAACAAAUGCAGAAAGAGAGAGAAGAAGAGAGAGAACACCUGCAGAAAGAGAUAGAAGAAGAGAGAGAACACCUGCAGAAAGAGAGAGAAGAAGAGAGAGACAGACUGCAGAAAGAGAUAGAAGAAGAGAAAGACAGACUGCAGAAAGAGAUAGAAGAAGAGAAACACAGACUGCAGAAAGAGAUAGAAGAAGAGAGAGAACACCUGCAGAAAGAGAGAGAAGAAGAGAGAGACAGACUGCAGAAAGAGAUAGAAGAAGAGAGAGCACGCCUGCAGAAAGAGAGAGAAGAAGAGAGAGAACACCUGCAGAAAGAGAUAGAAGAGGUGAAAGGAAGAGUGACAACACAGAUCGAAGGAAACACGGAGCGAGUGGAGGAGCAGAGAGAGAGUCUGAACCAGGAGAAGAAGAGAUUGGCAGAGCAGGCGGACGAGGAAAGGAAGAGAUUGAAGGAGCAGGCGGACGAGGAAAGGAAGAGAUUGAAGGAGCAGGUGAAGAAGGCGAUAGAAGAGGUGAUGAGGAAACAUGCAGCUGAGCUCCACAACGCCCAGGAAGCACUGAGGAAAAACCAAGAGCAGGUGUGUGUACGUGUACAGGAGGACAGGAGGAGUGGUGAAGAGGUGUGUCGAAGGCUGCAGACUGAGAGGGAGGAGCUUAGAGACCAGCUGCAGCAGGCAACCAAUCAGAUCUGGCGUUUGGAAGGAGUCAUUCAGCAGCAAAGUCAGGUGGGUGUGGCCUCUGAAACUCCUCCCACCUGCGGAAUCCACUGUUCCCACCUCCGAGAGGAUCUCCAGCACAUACAGGAAGAGAUGGAGCGACAGAGAGAGAGUUACCAGAGGGAGAUGACAGGUCUGAGAACAGACAAACAGAGACUGGAGGAGAAGGUUCUAGAGCUCAACCAACAGACCCAAGAGAACACAGACAGAAACGUUCUAGAACACAACCAAGAGAACACAGACAGAAACGUUCUAGAACACAACCAAGAGAACACAGACAGAAACGUUCCAGAACACAACCAAGGGAACACUGACAGAAACGUUCUGGAACACAACCAAGGGAACACUGACAGAAACGUUCUGGAACACAACCAAGGGAACACUGACAGAAACGUUCUGGAACACAACCAAGAGAACACAGACGAGAGAAUCCGGUCAGAGUGUGAGGAGCACCUGAGGGCGGAGCUUGAUGCGGCUGUUGCCACGAGCAACCAGAGAGAGCAGGAGCUGCAGACUCAACUAGCAGAUCUCCAAUCACAGGUGGAGGGGAAGGCGGGGCCAGCAGAGGGUCACCAUGAUGACAGCGAGAUUGACAGGCUGCGGAGGGAGGUGCAGGAGACCAGAGACAUGAACCAGAGACUGAGAGAGCAGCUGCAGGAGGAACAGAGACACUCUGAAGAACGACACACGGCGUUGCAGGCUCUGGAGAGACAAGCUCAGGAGGAACUGCAGACCGAGAGGAACAGACUCCACACACUACACCUGUUACAGCUAGAUAAGCAGGGUACAGAGCUGAGCCAGCAGUACACCGAGUGGAGUAGACAGUUGACCCAGAGACACAUGAAACACAUCGAAGACCUGCAGGCGGAACUACACACACACACAGAGAUGAUGGCCCUGCAUGUGGACUUGAAGCAGCAGAAUCAGUACCAGGUGUUUGAGCGUCAGCUGGAUGAGAGUCGCUGUGCCGUUCUGGAACUACAGAGGGAAAACACUGUACUGAGGUCGGGAGAGGAGGCGAUGGGAAGAGAAAGAGAGCAGAAGGAGAGAGAGGAGGAAGCCCAACGACUGAGAGUGGAGGUGGACAGACUGAGAGAAGAGGUGGAGAAACUGGAAGAGGCUCAGAAACAACGGGAGGAACAGAGAGAAGAAGAGAUGAGAGAAGAGGAGGCGCGAAGAGAGAUGGAGGAGAAGAGGAGGGACGAGGAGAAGAGGACGGAGGAGGAGAACAGGAGAGAGGAGGGGAAGAGGAGAGAGGCCGAGGUUGAGGAGAAGAGGAAGGUGGACGAGGAGAAGAGAAGGAAGGCGGAGGAGGAGGAGAAGAGGAGGAAGGAGGAGGAGGAGGAGGAGAGGAGAGAGGAAGUGAAGAAAGAGCACAGGAGAGCGAUGCAGAGUCUGGUGUGUGAAUACAGCAGCUGUCAGGCAGAGCUACAGACUCGCAUAGUGGCCCUGGAAACAGAGCUACGGGAGCGUGAGGAGAGGUGCAGGAGGAGGGAGGUUCCUCUCUGUGAUGAUCUCCAGAUGGGGAGACUACAGGAGAGACUCACUGAGAGGAACCAGCUCAUCAAACGCCUGGUGGAGGAACGACAUCAGCUGCAGUUUCAUCCUCCGGUUGCCGGGGACAACGGAACCCUCAGGCUCCAUGACAACAGGCCACACCCCGGGAUCGUUACACCAUCUAUGAGGAGGAAGCGUGUGGAGGAGUCUCCGCCCGCAUCACCAGCGUUCCAAACCUCAGCGCCUACGAGAGGAGCGUCCUCCUCCCCCACGACACCCUCCCCUGCCUCCCCCAACAUCCCUCCCUCCUCAACUCUGCCCUACGCCUCCUCCUCUCUCCCCCGUUCCUCCCCCUCCCUCCCCCGUACUCCCAGGUCUCCCAGUUUGGAUCCCAGCGGUCGCGGCCCUCUCUCUCGUACCCCCACUCCUCUCCCCCUGCUCCCACCCCCCCUCCCCCUCUGUCCAUCCUCCCUCCCCGAGCCUCGACACGGGAUUCGACACGUCACCUCACCCUCGCAGGAGCUCCGCCCACACCUGAACAGCCAGUCAACCAGGAGCCCAUAUUUGGAGCAGAGGGGGAGUGGCCAGGGGGCAGAGGGGCGGGACCCUCAGAGGCAGGAUUGGUACACAAAGUACUUCUCCUUCUGAACACACACACACACACACACACACACCACACACACACACAGGUGACCUCUACACACCUGUACAACACACUCAGCUUUAAACAAAACACCUGACAGACCAAAACGAUGCUUGUUCAAUGCAAAUGUCUUGUAUUAUAAUCUAUAAUGUGGA